AUGGGAGUGCUCAUGUCUAAGAAGCAUCAGGUGGAGAAGGUGCAGAAAUGCACCUCAGUCGUCUCCGCCUUUCAGCAAGGGGUAAAGGAACGCGCCCCAUCCACAACAAACCAGGGGGAAGGAUCCAAAGAGGAAAGAGAGGGGCCAACUGAAGCCUCGCCACCACCCAACCUGAAGGAGAAGGAGGAGGCAGAGCACAGAGAGGCAGACAGCAAAGCGGGGCCCUCAGGGACCUCCCAGCAGGCUGCAACUCCGGCCCCCACCAGGGACGAGUGUAAAGUCAACCAGGAGGCCUGGAAUAGGUUACGGGACGGGAAGGGGGUGGAGCCUGAAGAUCUGGACAAGACCGGCCAUCAGCUCACCCCACCUGCCUUUGUACGUCCCAAGAGAGAUGCCAACGUUGACCAGCCUAUGGAGAUAGCACUGGGACAGAGAGAGCAGCCGGUGAACGAUGAGAUGUGUGAGGUGUGUGAGGUGUGGACGGCCGACGACCUGUUUCCCUGCAGGACCUGCACAAGGGUCUUCCAUGAUGGCUGUCUGAGUGAAAUGGGAUACCUGCGCCCUGAACUCCUGCAGGAGAUGAGGGAGACAGCUCACACCGCGACAGGCUGGAGCUGCUACUACUGCGACAAUGUGAACCUGCUCCUGACUGAAGAGGAGAUGUACAGCCUGAUGGAAACCUUCAAGCAGUGCAAGAUCAUCCCUGAGUCGUGCCUGGUGUCAGAUGAGCUGCUGCAGUACCGCCACUUUGUGGCCAAGCAACUGUUUGAGAAGGACCUCUCUGAUGAGCAGGAGGAGGAGGUGUUGGCCCAGUUCGCUGCCCUGGACCCGGAGAAGAGGGGCCAGAUCGAGUGGUCUGACUUCCUCUACCACGAGUCCCUUGGCGUGCUCAAGAAGUUCCGCACAGAGAACUCCUUGGUGCGGCUGUUGAGUGCUAAGGAGCGGGACCAUGUGCGGUCAGUGUUCAUGAGUUUGGACCUGGAUAAAGACAGUGUGGUCACGGGAGCAGAGACCCGCUGGGCCCAGCAGUCCUGGUUUCAGAAGCUCAGCAAGGAGUCCCAGUCCUGCAAUGUGAGUAUUAGCCAUGUUGGCCCCAUAUCUGACAGCAGCCCAGCCAGCUCCAGCAGUGAGAGAAGCACUCAGAAAGAUGACAGACCACUGAGCUGGGAUGACUUCCUGAGGGAGAGUGCCAUCUACAUCCUGGCUGCCCGGCCCAACAGCUCGGCAAUGCAUAUCCGUCUGCCCCUAUAG